AUGGCAAGUAAGGUUACUUUCACACUUAACUCUGGGUAUAAGAUACCGGCAGUGGGCUUAGGAACAUGGCAAUCUAAACCACACGAAGUUGAGAAAGCAGUUGAGGUAGCGCUCAAGGCAGGAUAUAGGCACAUUGAUGGCGCAUUUGCCUAUAGGAACGAAACUGAGGUUGGCCUGGGGUUGAAGAACUCUGGAGUUCCCCGCGAGGAAGUUUUCUUGACCUCUAAAUUAUGGAAUACCCACCACCGACCUGAAUUUGUUGAAGCUGCAUGUGAUAAAACUCUUAAAGACCUUGGAGUUGACUAUUUGGAUCUUUACUUGAUCCACUGGCCUGUUGCUUUUGUUCCCGGAGAAGCGGCAUUUCCAAAGGAUACAGAAACAGGCCAACUUCUCCUGGAUGCCAAAGUGACCUUGAAGGAUACAUGGAGGGCCAUGGAAUCCCUAGUCAAGAAGGGCAAAGUCAGAAGCAUCGGUGUUAGCAACUUUAGCAAGCAGAGAAUCGAGGAACUACUUUCCUACGCCGAAAUCCCUCCAGCAGUGGAUCAGGUGGAGGCACACCCUUAUUUUCAACAGGAUGACUUGAGGAAAUACUUGUCCGAAAAAAAUAUACUGUUGGAAGCAUACAGCCCCUUAGGGAACAACCUUCACAACAUGCCUAGAGCAAUGGACGAUGAAAAGAUUCAAAAGAUUGCAGAAGCAAACGGGGUGAGCUCUGCUCGAGUCCUGAUUGCAUGGCAUGUCCAACGAGGCACCGCAGUCCUGCCCAAAAGUGUUACGCCUGAAAGGAUUAUCGACAACUUCAAAGACUUUGAGCUAUCGCAAUCCGCAAUGGACGAAAUUAAUGCUCUUGAUCGUAACGCCCGAGCAAGCCAGCCUCUCUUCUGGGGAGUAGACAUAUUUGGUGAAAAAGGUGACGAGUACGUCAAAGAAGUUGCAAAGAAGAGGGGCCUUGAGUAUAUUGCUAGUUUAAAGGCGUAA